UGAAGAAAGAGAGAGGAGAAGACAAGGGGAGAUUGGAUUGAAGAAAAGUUUAAGAAGAUGGACUUUAAUCAACUGAGAUUGAUAGUGCCAGUGUUGCUUUUACUUGACCAAAGUCAUGCCGUUAUUUGCAGCAGGCCUAAAGGUCCAAGCUUUUAUGACAACUACAAAAUUUCGUAUGGGUAUGAUCACGCUUGGUCCAAAAGCCAGGGCAGAGAUGUUCAAAUCUCUCUUGACCAGUCAUCUGGGGCAGCUUUUCAAUCCAAGCAGACAUAUGGCUCAGGUUUCUUUCAUCUCAACAUGAAACUACCUGGAAGUAAUUCUGGUGGAGUUGUUACAGCUUUCUAUUUAUCUUCAGUGUCACCAAAUCACCAUGACGAGUUGGAUUUUGAGUUCCUGGGUAACAAUGACGGGAAACCUAUAUACCUCCAGACUAAUGUAAUUGCAAAUGGUAAAGGAGACAGAGAGCAAAGGAUUCGACUAUGGUUUGAUCCUACAUCAAAAUAUCAUAGUUAUAAAAUUCUUUGGAAUCGGUUUCAGAUUGUGUUUUAUAUUGAUAAUUAUCCGAUUCGAGUUUUCAAGAACAAACGAAAACUAGGAGUCGGAUUUCCAUCACAGCCUCUGCAGAUAGAAUCAAGCAUAUGGAAUGGAGAUAACUGGGCAACAGAUGGUGGCCUGACUAAGAUUAACUGGACUUAUGCACCAUUUAUAGCAGGUUUUCGGAGCUUCGGCAUCAAUGGGUGUCCUGCCUAUGGUUCCAACAUGAAGCAUUGCUACUCUAUUAAGUUCUGGUGGAACAGGCAACAGUACUGGCAAUUAAAUCCAAGCCAACAAAGAACAUAUCAAACUAUUAAAAGCAAGUACACGACAUAUGACUACUGCACCGACGGGAAAAGGUUCCCUACACCCCCACCAGAAUGCCCACAGUGACACCCAACUUCAGAUUCUUUGAUGCAUCGCAUACAUGAUGGAUGCAAUCAGGGUUGUAUACAGCCAUUUUAUUAGAGGAAGGCAAGGACAUGGAAUGAUAAAAGGAUGAAUAUUAUAUUAUAACGUAUUCCAUUUUGUAGAAUUGGCCCUGAUCAUGACGCAGUCAGUUUCUGUUUUUGUUGAAUAUAUAUCAGGCAGCAAAGCACGCCAUUGACUGUAGGCUAUGCAACCGGCCUGCAAAAUUUUAUCCAA